UAAUAAGUUAUUAUUAUCAUUAUCAAGAUAAUCUAGAAAUCACAAUUAUAAUUUCUAGAUAAUGAUUAUGUGGCUAAUAUUAAUCCCUCAUCUUGAGCUAAUCACUUGUUUAGCCUAUAAAUAGAGGCUCUUUGCUUCAUUGUAAAUACACUUUGAUUACACUAUUAUCACACUCUCUAAUACUCUCAAUAACAUAAGUCUUCAUACUAUAUUUUCUCUCCCUGAUCUUCUACUUAUUUCCUUCCAUUUCAUAACACGUUAUCAGCACGAAUUUGCUUCAAAUCCCUGAAAUCAUCAUCUUCCCAACAGUUCAUCCAUGGCUAAUAUUAGCAAAAGAGAGUUCGACGUCCUUGAUUUAUCUGGUCAAAAGUACUUGGAAUGGAAAGUUGACGUUUUGGCACAUUUAAAAGCAAAUGCCCUCGAAAACACAAUUGCUGAAAAUAAUUCAGCUACUCCCCAAAAUAAGGCAAAAGCCAUUAUCUUUCUUCGUCACCAUCUUCACGAAAGUUUGAAGUCUGAGUAUUUAUUGGUAGAUGACCCUAAAGAAUUAUGGGAUAAUCUCCAAGAAAGGUAUGGCCAUCAACAAAAGGUCCUUUUACCAAAAGCUCAAUAUGACUGGAUCAAUUUACGAUUCCAGGAUUACAAAUCUAUAAGUGACUACAAUUCUGCCUUGUUCCAAAUAACAUCAAAAUUGAAGUUAUGCGGACAAAAAGUCACUGAUGCCGAAAUAUUGGAAAAAACUCUAUCCACUAUGCAUCUUUCAAAUAUGCUUUUACAAGAGCAAUAUAUACAAAAGCACUUUCAAAAGUAUUCUGAUUUAAUAUCAGUAUUACUACUUGCUGAGACGAAUAAUGACAUUUUGAUGAGAAACCACAAUAUGAGACCCACGGGUUGUAGCCCUUUUAGUUUUGGUCCACAAAAUCAUGGUUCAAAACAUGAAUCAAAUGCAACCCAUAGUGGUGUUCGUGGACAUUUCAAACGUGGUCGUGGUAUUGGUCGUUAUAAUGGACCUAGCCGGGGAAACAAGCAGAGUAGUAGCUCUUACAAAGGCAAGGGAAAGCAAAAUCCCCAUCAAACAAGAGGCCCGACGAAAUCUUCAGAAAAGGCUAAAGUCACUUGUUUUAAAUGUGGCACGUCGGGACAUUGGGCAAAUAAGUGUCGCACACCUACACAUUUGGUUGACUUAUAUAAAUCAUCUCUAAAAGGAAAGAAUGUGGAAACUAAUUACGUCAACGAAAACGUUCCACCAAUGCCCACAUUUAAUAUGUCUGAUUUCUAUAUGGAUAAUAAUGAGAUGAACACUGACAUCGUCAUGGGUGAAAAAUAAUAAUAAUUAAAAUGAAAUUAUUCUGUUAUGUAAUAUAUUCUACAAUAAAAGUUUGUUGUAUUGUAAUUUUUAUUUGGUGUGCUUGUUUUGGUUGUAAAAGUUAUGUACAUUUUAAUGAAUAAAUUCUUGUUUAUAUUGCAAUAUUGAACUAAUAUUUGUUCAUUUUUAUCUUUUUAAAGAUAUGGAGUUAACUGAAAUUUCUCCAAAUGGCUUUGAACAAUGUUUAAUAGACAGUGCCACAACGCACACCAUUUUGAGACAUAGAGAUUAUUUUUCUCAUAUGACAUUAGUUGAUGCUAAUGUCAAUACAAUCUCAGGUGUUGCUAAACUCAUUGAAGGUUCUGGAAUAGCCUGU